GUCGUUUUCUGUUUCCUUUUCGGACCCUGUAGUGGUACCAGAGGUCAGCGGAGAGAAAGAGGCCCGUGUGCUGGUCCGUCUAGUCAAGGCUAUGGUUUUUCCAGUGGUCGUGUAUGGAUGUGAGAAUUGGGCUGUGAAGAAAGCUGAGCGCCGAAAAAUUGAUACUUUGAACUGUGGUGUUGGAGAAGAAUCUUGAAAGUCCCUUGGACUGGAAGGAGAUCCAACCACUCCAUCCUAGAGGAGAUCAGUCCUGGGUGUUAAUUGGAAGGACUGAUGCUGAAGCUGAAACUCCAAUACUUUGGCCACCUCAUGUGAAGAGUUGACUCAUUGGAAAAGACCCUGAUGCUGGGAAAGAGUGAAGGCAGGAGGAGAGGGGGACGACAGAGGAUGAGAUGGUUGGAUGGCAUCACUGACUCAAUGGACAUGAGUUUGGGAUCCCACAGGCUUUCUUACAACACUAAAGUGCUGUCCCGGGAUGGCUUUGUGCAGUCCGGGUUUUCUGCUGGGGGAUACCUGGAUGGUCAGAACUUCCUGAACUAUGAUCACAAGAAAGGCAGGGCAGAGCUCCGGGGACUGUGGGCUGAAAGUCUGGGAGCAGAGGUGUGGCAGACAGUGUCCAAGGACUUGAACGAGACCUGUAAGGAGCUCAGAAAACUUCUAGCAGAAAUCCUGUCCCUGCAGAAGAAGAAAAGAGGCUUACAUUCCCUCCAGGAGACCGUGGGCUGUGAGAUCCGUGAAGAAAGCCAACCCCAGGGUUUCCGGCUUCUCCACUUCGAUGGGGAGCUCCUCCUCUCCUGUUACCCAGAGGCCCACGGAUGUACCUUGCCCCAGUCCUCGACUCGGACCUUGGCCAUGGAAAUGGAGAAGUCCUGGGACACAGACGGCUUUCUAAGCAAGCAUUACCGGGCGCACAUGCAGGGAGAACUUUGUAGAGGAUUAUGGGCCUACCUGGAAUCCUGGACGGGCUUCAUGGAGAGGACAGUGCCGCCAGCCGUGAAUGUGACCCGCCGCCAGGACUCGGAGGGCAUGGUCCACCUCACAUGCAGGGCUUUUGGCUUCUUUCCCCGGAAUAUCUCAGUGGUCUGGUUUCGGGACGAGGAACCCAUGAGCCGGGAUGCCCUGGAGUCUGGGGGUGUCCAGCCUGAUGGGAACGGGACCUACUACACCUGGGAAACCAUAAUAAUUCCCCAAGGAGAGGAGCAGCGGGUCAAGUGCCUUGUGGAACACAGCGGGAAUUACAGUACACACCUCGCACCCUUGGGAAAGAGCCUGGUGCUCCAGAGAUCACGGUGGAUUUUGAGCGUUCCUGUUGCUGUUGUUUUUAUCAUCGGAUUUUGUCUCUUGUUGAGGAAGACAGUGUCAGCUACAGGGAGGCCAGAGCCUAUUAGCCUACAAGACCGGGAUCAAUUCCAGACUGAGCCAACUGAUCAUAAUGGCCUCACACACCCAGAAUUCCAGUCCUCGUGUCAGACUCAGCUCCUCAGUUUAACAGGGGAAGCUUAGAAUCUGCAGCCAGGAGGCCUGAAUUCAGUUCCUGGUUCUGGUCUUAAUAGCACUUUUUCUUUUAUGUGUGUUAUUAAUUUUAUUAUUUUUAAAUUAUUUUUUUUUAAUAUUUUAUUUGUAACUGGAGAAUACUUGCAUUAUAAUGUAUCGGUUUCUGCCCACACAGCACUGUGAAUCAGCCCUAAGUCUACAUGUAUCUCCUCCCUCUGCAACUUCCCUCCCACCCUCCCCACCCCACCCCUCUAGGUCACUGAGCACCAGGCUGAGUACCUAGUCAGGUCUUGUUCCCUCCCUGCUGGUGCACACGAUGCACAGUAAGCUAAUGGGAAUAGAGAACUCAUUCCAUAUCUGUUUAUCCAAAUGGGAUGAUAUAUUCUUUCACGGUUUUCAAGGUUAAUGUGAUUCAUGCAGUUGUGCAUGCAUGUUUCCAUUCGAGUAUUUUUGCAUUUUAGUAAACUCUCAAGUGUCAUUUGUUGUACUCAGCUUUCAUUAAGCAUAAACUUUCAUCCUCAUUCAUUUUCUUGUGUGAUUAUUUCAUCAAAGGCACCACUGGCUGUAAAUUAAGAAGUCAAAUAUCUGUGCAUGAUUUCUCAUGAUACAGACUCUUAUUAUAAUCCUGAUUCUUCUCAAUUUCUGCUUUCCCAUAGGAAAGCAGACCACUUUGAAUAAUGUUUAGCUGAUUCUUUUGGCUUUUAUUUCCAAAUCUCUAAACACGAUGCCUUAUUAGAACCACUGCUUGAUUUUUCUGUCACAGCCACUGUCUGUCACAUCACACAGUGGCUGAUGCAAUAAUUAAGUAAUUGCUUUCUUUCAGUCUUCCCAUUCCUUCAGUUUCCCACUUUAUUUAUAGAUUAAUCAUACUUAGUUCAUUCAGCUUUUUCUUUUCCAUGACUAAUACACAGGUCAACUAAAAAGAUGUUCAACUAAAGACUUGUGAGUUAAGUUUUAUUUGGGGCAAAAUGAGGACUGCAGCCUGGGAGACAGCAC